AUGGAAGUUAAGAUAUUUAAGACAAAUUAUGCUAAUACGAAAGGUGAAGAUAAUAAACUACCAAAUUAUGAAAAAGCAGUAAAAGAAUUUUUCUCGGACAUCGAAAGAGUUACAAUGUACAACAAUAGGCAAUUCGCCAUAAAAAAAUUUCUUGCAACAACUGAAUUAAACGAAGACGAAUUGUUGGAACACCUAACAAAACACCAACCAUGCCCGCAAAAUCAAGUAAUUCUUGGCGCGUUAUAUCUCGAGAGGGGCAAAAGACACAAUUGCGUUCAAGAAUUAAAAAAAGCAUCCGAAUCAAAUAAUCCCCAUGCGCAAUAUCUUCUUGGAUAUUGCUACGGUGAGGGAAUCGGUACAUCGCAAGACAAAGAAACUGCAGUCCAUUUGUAUCAACAGGCAGUAAAUCAGCGAAUUCCAGCUGCUUAUUACUGUUUAGGGUUUCAUUAUGCCAAUGGAUCUGGUGUGAAAAUAGAUAAAUUAAAAACGUUCAAUCUUUUUCGUAAGGCGGUGGAACGUGGGCAUCUUCGUGCUUUGUUUUCUCUUGCUUACACGCAUCUUUAUGGUAUUGGUACUUCAUGCGACAUGCACAAGACCAUUUAUUGGUUGAAAAAGAGUAGUGAAAACGAAGCAAGAGAUAAUGUAGCUUAUAAUUACCUGACAUCCAUAUUUGCUUAG